UUGAUAACAGAUUAUUUUCUUUUUCUUUUACAAUUUUUUCUUAAUUAUUUUUCAGACAAAUAUAAUUUUCGAUCCCUCCUAGUUUUCCCUCUCUUUACUGUGUUUGGAGGGAAAAACUUCCAAAAAGCCAAAGCCCUUGGCUGCUUUCUUCUACUGGUAAUUUUUAGCUCUAUUGGAAGCUUUGUUUCUUGUUGAUUUCAUUAUUAAGCUUUGGUUUAGGGUUAUGCUGGAGGAGCUUGGAAUUUUCUUACAUCGGUAGUCUCUCUCAAUAGUGGCUGGUACAGUGUUCUUAAUCUGCGAUUGACACUUGGUAGACCUCACAAUCACAAGACUAGGGUGUUCUUCCAAACGUGAAAAAUGCAAACCAAGAAAAAGGGUAGUGGGAGAGCGGUUGGUAGAGGCCAAACUGGAUCCAGGGUUUCUAGAGCUCAGAAGAAAAUAUCUGCAAAUGAGCAGGACUCAGAAAAGAAAGUUUCUGACUUGAUUACAUCUUCAACAAGGAAGCCGCCUGUUUCCACUUUUUUAAAAAAGAAUGGUGAACAAGUUGCCGAAACAAAUUUGGAGGCCAAGUAUGAGUUGGUGCGUAAUGAGAUUUCUGAUGCUUGUUUGGGUGGAAAUAAUGAUGAUUUUAUGGAUCAUAAGGAUAGCAGUGAUGGAACUGAUGAUAUUGAGUUAGAAACUAUAUUUUCUUCUCCUACCUUUCAUAUAGCUAAACAUGAUGGGGAAACAACUGGAGAUGUUGAGGAAGCAAGUCUUUCAUCUGAAGUUUCAGCUAUAUAUUUUGCAAUGAAAAAUUCCAAGUUAGAAUGUGUGGAUGAGCAUGGUCAUGAUCCCAUGUCGACUGAUGUUUGUGUCGAGGAUGAAGACUAUGAAGAGUUUGAUGACUUUGAUCCCUAUUUAUUCAUAAAGAAUUUACCUGCUUUGUCAUCAGUUGUUCCAACUUUUCGGCCCAUGUUGCUGCCAAAACAGACGCGGAGUUGCCCUUCUACUACUCUUGUUUUGGACUUAGAUGAAACAUUGGUGCACUCCACACUAGAACCUUGUGAUGAAGCAGACUUCACAUUUCCUGUACAUUUUAACCUCCAGGAGCACACAGUCUAUGUUCGAUGCCGUCCUCAUCUGACAGAUUUCUUGGAGAGAGUUUCCAGUCUUUUUGAGAUUAUUAUAUUUACAGCUAGUCAAAGUAUAUAUGCAGAGCAGCUUCUAAAUGUACUUGACCCAAGAAGGAAGAUAUUCCGUCAUCGUGUUUAUCGUGAUUCUUGUGUUUUUGUGGAGGGUAAUUAUCUUAAGGACUUAACAAUUCUUGGUCGUGAUUUGUCACGUGUCAUUAUAAUCGACAACUCUCCCCAGGCAUUUGGAUUUCAAGUGGACAAUGGGGUACCAAUUGAAAGCUGGUUCGAUGAUCCUUUGGAUAAAGAGUUGCCUUCAUUGCUUCCAUUUUUGGAAAGCUUAGUUGGAGUUGAUGAUGUGCGACCGCUGAUUGCGAAGAAAUUUAACCUCAGGGAGAGAAUCGCUGCUGCUGUGUAUCCAGUCAACUCAAUCAGAGUCGACCCUUUCGAAAGUUGAGUACUUCAACCCAAAACACCAGAUUUACGUCUAGAAUUGGUUUUGGGUUUCCCUGUAAUUUUAGACAUUUACUGCUUGGGAACACACCACAUUUAAAAUUUAUGUUGUUUCAACUAAAAAAUAGGGUGAAUGAAAGAUAUGAUCAGGGGUGUCAUCAUCUACCAGCAGCUGUUAUUUCCAGUUUUCUUGCAAAGCUCUUGCGUCUUGAUAUUUGAUCUUUUUUUAGAAAUAAAAAUCAUCGUAAUUUUUAUAUUUGUGUAGCCUAUUUGUUUGAAGAUUAAGCGUGUGUAACCUAUGAAAGAAGCGGAAGUGAUAAUAGUAAUGAUAACGAUUCUCCUUAGCAAUAG